CUGUGUACAGCAGCUGUAGGUACAACCGGCCAGGAGGCAACUCGGAGGCGCCUCCAUUGAGAAUCUAGCUGAGCGUUUGGGAUUAGGUACGGAAGUACCUACUUUCAAUUGUUUGAUUGCAGCACCUCCGUGGUCCUCGAGCAUUGCAAAGUGCUGAGCCUCAGAGCGGUUGAAUUCUUUACUGAAAGUUGAAGGCACAGUGAGCAUGGCUUUUCCAGACCGGUCUGGUAAUGAGGCCGCAUGCUCGACCAGCGCUCAGGGGACGCUGCUGCAGAACCUGUCCUUUGUGUCCCUCCUCCCUGACCCUAGGGCCAGAAGGAAAGAGGUUUAUGCCAUCCCACGUGUAGCAUCGCUGUCUCUCAGUGCUGACGGCAGGCUGGGGAGCGUGCAAGAUGUGGUUGGUUCCUGUAGAAAGUGGCAACAUCAGAUGGGGCAGAACUUGCGAGCAUGGAGCAACGGGCUGUUGAAGGAGGACUCUGUGCAGAGAACUUUUAACUUUCUCAACAGGAGAAGCUCUUCCCUUGCGUCUCUGUCGACCUCAUGGCAAUCUGAAACGGUGCCGUACGAGCCACGAGAGGUUUUCAAGCUUGCAAUGACAGAGGCACAGAUCACAUCAAAGCUAGACUCAGUGCCCGUGUACACAGUGAUCAAUGCUGACAAUGAGUUUGUGCUGGUGUCGGGCGGAGAAGAAGACAAGCCCGAUGAUACCAAGCACCUUGGUCUUUUCUGCUUCUCAGAGAAAGACGCGGCCGCCUUUUUGAAGCAGGUGAAAGACAGGGAUCCUGCCCUCUUCCGGAACGCCAGAGUUGCUGCAGUGUCGCUGGAGAAGGUGUACACCCUAAGCUCGCAAGGGAUUGCGUUCCGGUUUCUGCCGGAUAUUGCGCAAGUGGCAAAAGCAAUCAAGGUGAAAGAGGAGGCACUGAAUUCGUCCAACCCGUUGGGGUCCGUUCCUGGCAAAGGCGACAAGCCGAAGAAAGAGUUCGACGGCGUGCCGGUGUUCCAGAGCCACCACCUGGCGCUGCGCGCGGGCAACAAGCGGUACUGCCCCAUCUUCUUCCGGUACGAGGAUGUCGAGGCGGCGCUCAAGAAGGCCAAGAGCCGCGAGGAGCGGACCAGCAAGAAGAUGAUCAACCAGGACCACAGUAUACAGGUCGGCAGUUUUGAGGACUGCCUGAGGCGGCUGGAGCGGGCCGACAUCAACUCCGAAUGGGGAGACGUGGUGUUCAUCCCUCCUGGUGAUGACAUGCUGGAAAGGCUGGACGCGACGGCGCAAGCCGGAAGCAAGACGGUGAUCACAUGAGAGCCAAGUUUUGACUUUUCAGUAUACCCUGGACCUAGGCAAGGCAUAUUGUACAGUUGACAAGAAGAACGGCUGUUUGUCAGGCAUCGUAAGGAGUACAGUCUCGAGUCUGCCCAGUUUUGCAAACCUGAUCAAGCGAGAAGAGCAUGUGUAAGAUCCCGUGAUUGAACACGGAAUAUUCCAAAGCCUACAAAUCAGUCGCGUAUUUCCAUCUG